ACAUUCGAAUGCAGUUCAUUCGCUGGUCGUGUGUCAGACGGUAGCGUGGAGCUUCGUGGAGCUUCGUAUGCAUGUUCUUUGCGUCUCGGAGACUUUUCAGGGAAUAAAUGGCCACGAAUAUCUGAAUGAAAGAAUGCGAGACAUGGCGAUUUAGGCGCACAAGAGAGGUCCGGGCGGCGAGGUUUCGGACGGGUGCGUUUGCGAGGCAGGGGAGCCGAAGGAGCGCCAGACACCACCUGUUUCCGCGGGCAACUGCCUCCGCCAUGCCCGCUCCCUGAGCAUCUCCUCCGCCUCGAAAUAUGAAGGUGUCUGCAUGGGCGUGGGCGGCCGUGGUGGCGGUGCUGGGGGCGGCCGCCAGCGAGGAGCGGCUGCUGCACAUCGGGGGCAUCUUCCCCAUCCGAGGCUCCGGCGGGUGGCAGGGGGGGCAGGCCUGCCAACCCGCCGCCAUGCUGGCUCUGGAGGAUGUGAACAAUCGACCGGAUCUCCUUCCUGGCUACAAACUCAACCUGGCGUGGAAUGAUUCUCUGUGCGAACCGGGCCUGGGAGCGGCGGUGAUGUACGACCUGCUGUACAAUCCACCGACGAAACUGAUGCUUCUUGGCGGUUGUUCCACCGUCAGCACGACCAUCGGCGAAGCGGCAAAGAUGUGGAAUUUGGUUGUGCUCUCCUACGGGUCGAGCUCCCCAGCGCUGGCCGACAGGAACCGCUUCCCGACCUUCUUCCGCACGCAUCCCUCGGCCACGGUGCACAACCCGCUCAGGAUCAAGAUCAUGCAGAAGUACGACUGGGCGCGCGUGGCCAUCCUCCAGCAGGCCGAGGAAGUGUUCAUCUCGACGGUGGAGGACCUCGAGGUUCGGUGCAAGGAGGCCGGCAUCGAGAUCGUGACCCGCCAGAGCUUCCUCUCGGACCCGACGGACGCCGUGCGGAACCUGAAGCGACAGGACGCCCGGAUCAUCGUCGGCCUCUUCUACGUGGUGGCCGCCCGGCGCGUCCUCUGCGAGAUCUUCAAGAACAAGCUGUACGGCAAGAGCUACGUCUGGUUCUUCAUCGGUUGGUACGAGGACGGCUGGUACGAGCAGCACCUUCAGGAGGAGGAGCUGAACUGCACCCGCGAGGAGAUGCGCCUGGCGGCCGAGGGGCACCUCACCACCGAGGCCCUGAUGUGGAACAAGGACAUGGAGAGGACGAUCUCUGGCAUGACCGUGGGAGACUUCCGGCGGAGGUUGAACCAGGCGCUCAUCGACAACGGCCACAGGAACGGGAGCACGCCGGUGGGAUACCAGGAAGCCCCCCUGGCCUACGACGCCGUGUGGAGCGUGGCACUGGCACUCAACCGCACCAUGGAGAGGCUGGCAGCGAGGAACAUGUCGAUCGAGGAAUUCACGUACACGAACAAGGAGAUCGCCGACGAACUCUACUCCGCCAUGAACGCCACGCAGUUCCUUGGGGUUUCGGGUCGGGUCGCCUUCAGCACCGACGGCGACCGCAUAGCCUGGACACAAGUGGAACAGAUGAUCGACGGAAAGUACAAGAUCCUCGGCUACUUCGACGGCCAGACCGAUAACCUCACCUGGUACAAUGUCGAGAUCUGGGUUGACGGCAAGGCGCCCCCCGACCGCACCAUCGUCCGCCCGCAGCUGAGGACCGUGUCCCUGGGUCUCUUCAUCAGCAUGUGCACCAUCAGCGCCGUGGGGGCCGUGUGGGCGCUGCUGCUGCUCGUCUUCACCUUCGUGUAUCGGCACAGGCGGCUGAUCCAGAUGUCCCCGGCCUGCAACAACAUCACCCUCGUGGGCAUCAUCCUGUGCCUGGGCUCCAUCUUCCUGCUGGGCCUCGACGGGCAGUUCGUGAGCGAGCAGAAGUUCCCGAGCGUGUGCGGGCUGCGGGCGUGGUGCCUGUCCCUCGGCUUCACCCUCGCCUACGGGGCCAUGUUCUCCAAGAUCUGGCGGGUGCAUCGCCUCACCACCAAGACCAAGACGGAGAACAAAUUCUCCAAGAUUUGGCGGGGCCACAAGUUCACCAGGAGGAGACAUCAGCCGGUUCAGCGAGUGGAGCCCUGGAAGCUCUACGUGAUGGUGGGGAGCUUCGUGGUCGUCGACGUGAUCGUGCUGGGCGUGUGGCAGGGCGUCGACCCCCAGCAGAGGACGCUCGAGGUCUUCCCGCUGGAGGUUCCCCGUGACACCGUCGAGGACAUCAAGAUCAAGCCGGAACUGGAACACUGUGAGAGCCAUCACAACACCAUCUGGCUGGGUCUGCUCUACAGCUACAAGGGGCUACUGCUCAUCUUCGGCCUCUUCUUGGCUUACGAGACUCGAAGUGUUAAGCUGAAGCAGAUUAACGAUUCUAGACUGGUGGGCAUGAGCAUCUACAACGUCGUGGUGCUGUGCCUGAUCACCGCCCCCGUCACCCUGGUCAUCUCCUCGCAGCAAGACGCCGCCUUUGCCUUCGUGUCCUUGGCCAUCAUCUUCUGCUGCUUCCUGUCCAUGGCUCUCGUCUUCGUGCCCAAGAUCGUCGAAGUCAUGAGGCACGUGGAGCGAGCCGAGUCGACGGUCGACGGCGCGCCCAGCAAGGAGGAGGAGGAACGCUACCAGAAGCUUCUGCGGGAGAACGAGGAGAUGCAGAGGAUCAUCUCCGAGAAGGAGGAGAAGAUCCGGCUCCUGAAACUGAAGCUGCAGGAGCGGGCCGCCAUCAGGAGCCGGGAGCAGCAGGCGGCGGAGAACCACGUGACCGCCGUGGACGCCACCCAGCAGAUGCGCCUCCGACAAGAUCCUCCUGAGUCAAACAAAGACACAGAGCCAUUAUUUAGCGCGGACAUAGAGCUGUAUUGUAGUAGUGGCCGUCCUGCAGUGCGAAUAGUGACUCCCGAAGGCCCUGGCGCCGACGAAAGUAUGGUGCCCAGGAUCAACUUCGAUAUCUCCGAGUCCUACUUGUGAAGAGGCGCCGCCGGGGACUGAUCUGGGACCCACUUCGAGGAGGCUUCACGCUUGGCUGUCGGCGCCAAGAGAUGUCCCCUCGUGAAGCUGUGGUGUCCGAGUGUUCGCGAAGCCGUUGUGACGCAGAGGGUCUUGCUUUCCUUGGGUGUUGGUUCGAAUCGAGCUUCAGUUCGAGUUGGGAUUUGGCCGAAGGCGAGGUGGCCUGCGCAGCAUAAACCCU